AUGUCUGAAAAUGUACGUUCGUAUCAAGAACUAACCUGUAAACCUUUAGACACAUACGAAGAAAUAUUAGGAUUCUUACAAGAUCCUCCUUCAUGGAGAACUUUAUGCACAGAAUUAAGACCACACAGCGACCAAGCAAUAAGGAAUAAAGACAUUAACAAAGAUUUUGGAGAAACAUUUUUGGAAACGCCGCAAACGUUUUGUCAUUACAAGUCGGAAACGGAAGUAAAAUUAAUUAAACGUCAUGAAAUAAAAAAGUUACCGAAAACUCUGGUAUGUCACGAUUUGGCCAAUGGGUAUCAUGAUGACAGUAUUAUUGAUGGAACAAAUAAUCACGAGGCAUAUACAUUUUACAAUUGGGGUGGUAUUGAUAUAUUUUGCUACUUUAGCCACCAUUUGGUGACGAUUCCCCCGCUUGGAUGGAUCAAUGUGGGACAUGCUCAUGGUGUUAAAGUGAUUGGAACCCUUAUAACGGAAUGGAGUGAAGGGGCGGCUUUUUGGGAGAAUAUUUUGGAGUCCGACAUUGAAAUCCAGAAUUUCGCGAGUGCGCUCGUGGCUAUUGCGAAAACUCUCAAGUUUGACGGAUGGUUACUAAACGUCGAGAAUAAGAUCACAAAACCCUCGAAACUGAUCGAGUUUGUGCGACUGCUGCACUCGGUGCUGCAUCAAGAGCUGGUGGAUCCGGUGCUUAUCUGGUACGAUAGUGUAACCGUAGACGGCCAUCUCAAUUGGCAGAACGGUCUCAAUAACAAAAACAGAGCUUUCUUCGAGGCCUGUGACGGCAUCUUCACGAACUACUCCUGGUCGGUGAGUGAUGUGGAAGCGAGCGCUGCAGCAGCCGGAGACCGACUGACGGACGUGUACGUUGGAAUCGACGUAUGGGGUCGAAACUUUUACGGCGGCGGCCAGUUCAACACGCAGGAGGCAGUAAAAGUGGCUCACAACUACGGUUGUUCGCUGGCGAUCUUCGCGCCUGCGUGGACCCACGAGGCGUUGUCCGACGAUUCGUGCGACGUUAAUGUGGUUGCGGACGAAGUAUGUGCCACUUACGACCAGUUUUUGCUGAGGGACAGGGCGCUCUGGGGCAGUCUGUGGCCUUUCUUAAAUACUAAGCUGCCUUGCAUGCUGCCCUUUAGCACCUCCUUCUGUAGAGGACAGGGGCAGAAGAGAAGAUUAUAUGGAGAGGUUGUAUGUCCUGGGCCAUGGUACAACUUAAGACACAUGCAGUAUCAACCGAAUUGUGCACACGGCCCACAUGGAUAUUUGCUCUCAGUCCUCGAAAAUAUCAUCGCAGUGUCCCGACAUGGAAUUCUUAACAACAAGGCCGGGAUAGUCCGUUGCAGGCGGUCCCUUGAGUCGAGUAGAAUGAAGAUAUCGACAAAGGAUGAUAAAGAAAUUGUCAAUGAACUUAAAUCGGACAACCUUACGAUUAUUGAAGAGAACAAAACUAUUAUCGAAGUUGAAAACAGUCUUACUAUUAAAGAUAAAGUCGACAAAGAAAACCAUGUGGAACAACAGCGUGUUGAACAAAAACCAGAGAAGACUAGAAAAGUAUCUGACGUCUUCCGUAAUCUAUUCAAGAUGAAAUUGUCUAAAGAAGCAGAGAUUCAGCCUGAUGAAGAAUCCGAACCUAAUUUAAAUAAAUCUUCUACAAAAUCAAUGAUCCAAACAUCUUUCAACUUACGCUUAGGUCAAAAUACUCACAAAAUGCGCUUGGCUUUGAUUCCCGUUCCGGAAGAAUUGGAAUGCUUGGAGCCGUUCUUUGAAGACAGUUUUAUUGGAGGAUCUUGUCUUAAAGUGAACCCAUCAGAUAAAAUAGAUACUAGCCAUCGGCUGACGAGAAUGUUUCACUGUAAUUUCUAUUUUGAGAAAGCUGUGAUCGCUUGUGUUGUCACUAAGACUCUAAGAGAUGUUCAACAACAAUAUUUAAACAUUGAGCUUCGUGCAAUCGAUUCCAUUGGGCGAGAAUUAAAGAUAAUUUUGAUCGGUACAGAUAAACCCAAGGCCAUUGAAACAAGCUCUUCAGAGAUUUUGUAUGCCUAUCCGUUGAAUUCAGCUUCGGAUCUCGGAUUUAGAGAUAUCCAGAAGUAUAUGCUGCUGAACGAGCCAGGAUUCUAUGUACCCGUGGAGAAUUCGUAUGGAUGGAAAGUCAGAUAUUACACGGUGCCAUUGGAGGGCGCGCGAGUUUUGUCGGUGGACUGCCGCACGGGGUUGGAGGUCGGACCCAUCCUGCUUGGUCACUUCGGACUCUGCUCUCGUUCUGAAGUGAGUACAUAG